GCUCCACAUUUCCUGCCGCCGAAGACAACUGAAUUUCUUUCUCGAGUUGAUAUUUUCUGCUUCGAAAAGACACCAGAAUUGCUAUAAAAACACCUAUGAUUGGUCUGCAAAUAUUCAAAAUUCUCAAGUUUCAAGUUUAAGAGAAGUUUUCAUCGUUUUUUUUAAAGUUUGUUCGGCGUUUCCGCCGGAAGGUUGGACAAGACGCUUUUGAAAGUCAAGUUUAUUAAAAAGUGAUGGAGUCAGAAGAAGGAACAGGUGUGGGGAAUGAUUUUCAAUUGGUGAUCAUUCAAACCAUGGCAUCUGUAAAUGCUGAUCAAGUACGAUUGCUUGUAGAAGAAAACGUUGGUAGAAAACUAGAAGAUUUUGGCGUUUUUUACAAGGAAAAUGAGCUUGCCAAGGAUAAAACCCUACAAGAACAAGGCAUUGAUGAAGGAGAAGUAUCCCUAACUAUUCAUCUAAAAGAUGAAAAUAAGAUUAUAGAGAUUGUCUCAUGUAAUGCUGUGACAGUACAAGCCAUGGAACUACAAACUGAUAACAUUCGCAAAGACAGUGACAUCAAAGAUGAAAACACCAUACCAUUGCUGGAGGUAGUCACACCCGACCUUGUUGAACAAAAGAAUGUGGUGUACUUAGAGCCAGAAGUGAUUCCUAAGAAAAGAAGAAGAUCCAACACAUCUAAUAAAGCCAGCCCCAAGUCUCCAAUAUCCCCUCUAACGCCCCAACAAGUUCCUGUUAUUAGCUGUGCAACUACUAGCAUUGGUCUAAUAAAGCCAGCUGUUGCUCUAUCCACUGACAGCGCAAACCAGCAAAUCUCAGUCAUCAAAAAUGGUGUUGAGAAUGCUAUUUCUGUUAAAAAUGAAGAAACAAGUGGUGAAGAAGAUGAAACAAAGACAAGAACCAUUGAUGGCAAGACCCCAGGCAACAGAUCAGGUAACAAUGGACAAAUCCAGUUAUGGCAGUUUCUCCUUGAGCUUCUGACAGACAAGUCCUGUCGACACCUUAUCAUGUGGGUGGGAGAAGAAGGAGAAUUCAAACUCAAUGACCCAGAACAAGUAGCUCAACUAUGGGGCAAGAGAAAGAACAAGCCUGCUAUGAAUUACGAGAAAUUAAGCCGAGCAUUAAGGUACUACUAUGAUGGAGACAUGAUCCAUAAAGUACACGGGAAACGGUUUGUCUAUAAGUUUGUGUGUAACCUGAAAAACCUGCUUGGAUACAGUGCCGCAGAGCUGAGUAAGUUAGUAAUGGAGGCGACAGAGACACAAGUAGAUCAAAGUUGUACUCCAUUAUCAGUUUGAGUGUGGUUCCAAGUUGUUACGAGCAUGCAUGUGAGGUAAUGAAUGGGGUUAAGAAGGAUAUGUGUAUAUAGUCAAUAUAGGUAGAUAAGGUACAGUUAAUUAAAAGAAUGUCAUUGUCUGGCUCAAGCUAACGAGAAUGAAAUGAAAGAAUGAAAGGCAGUGUGGGUAGAAAUCGUUGAAGUGGUUAACUGCAUAAUUAUAGCUCCCUCACAGGACUUCGGAAUGCAGCUCAAUUUGGAGCGCAAAACGAUAAGGUUCCCAAUUCUCAGGAGAWUGAUAAUGUUUCUUUUGUUUUGUCCUGAAAAUUGAGCUCCUUUGACGUCACAUGCAAGGGGUCUAUUCAAUAAAAUAUGCCCUAGGAUUAGAGUAGCCCUUUUCAAUCCCAUUACUUAGGCUGCAUUCAUAAUGUAUGGCAGAGGGUAGGGUGCAGGUGAAAAUUUGAAAUGUCCACAAUAAUUCUUAACACCCCCCCUUAAAGUCAUGCAAAAAAAUACAAUUCCCCCUAAGCAAGGCUUGUA